GCUCCAGGGGAGGGGCCCGGGCUCCAGCUGGAGUUGGGCUCUCAGCGCUGUGGGGAACCAGCAGCCCUGUGGCGCGGCUGUGCUGGGCUGAGCUGCCGCCAGGCUCCUAGCGCUGGGGGCUAAAGGUGGGUGGAGGCGCUGCGGCUCAAAGCGAUGCUGCAGAGCUCCAUUUAAAGUGGGAAACCACAGUGCUGCCCUCUGUCUGACUCCCCUCUUAGGUGUCGUCAUCACCCCCUCCAGACCAGCAGCCUGCCCCCCUAUCUCCAUGCCCUCUCAGGAGCCUCAGCCCUGGAGGGAAUCCCCCUGCUUGCCCCACCCAGCUCCCUGCCAUACCCCUCCUGGCUGGCAACCUUCACCCGGGAAGGUAGCACUCGAGAGGUGCAGGAACACUCCAGUAUGGCGCUCCUUCCCUUCUGAUGGGUGCAACAAAGUAGGGACACCAGGCCCCCUCAUUGGGUGCCUUUAAAUAGAGCGAUCCAGCAGCUGCCACCUCCCCUCCCAGCCAAACCCAAGACAGCAGCCCCUCCACCACCAGUGCUGCCUUGUCUGAGGAAGGGCCUGGACCUUCAGUCCCCUCCUAAGCUGCAGUGCUGGUAUGCUCUCUUGUUGCCUCAGCUCGUUUUACUAUAAACCGACUCAGUACUGUGUUUGAAGGGCAGGGUGUAUUUACCCCAGUCAGUGCCUCAGGCACCCCUUUUUUUUUUUUGCCAAGGGAUGAGGUAAUAGCCCUUUACUGUGGCACAGGCCGAAGGGCUCUGGCAGAAGAAUAGUGACCCCCACCCUUUUACUGCCCAUGAGUAAGUCAACCUGGACCGGUGCCGGCAGGAAUCCAACAAAAAACUAAUUUGCCUGCUAUAAUUCUAUUGCUGAAGUGGAGCGGUGGAGAGAGUGGGACAGUGUCAAGAGCUCUCACCAGUACAUUUUUUGGCUCCAACUAUCACAAGAUUGGCUCCCAGCUGCGACAACUCCUACAGAUUUUGUGUAAAAUUAUGGCUUGUGUAAAAUGGGGACAGGCACACCUUCCUCACCACUCCUACGAGGUCUGGGGAGGAGCUGAAGAGAAACAAUAACUACACAGCCCGGCACUUCGCUAUUUAUAAAGUCCUGUGCAGACUUAUGGCACUUUGUUAUUAGAAGAGAGGACGUGAAUAGAAUAGAAUAGCUAGAGAAAUAGAUAAAAACAGAGGGAAAAGAAGAGAGGGAUGGGGAGCAUGAGAGAGGGAAAGUAGGAGAAAGAAACUGAAAGACAGACUGGGAGAAGGUGAAACAGGCAGAGGGAAAGUGUUGGAGGGGAAAGGGAAAAAAUAUUCGGGGACAGAGUGAGGUAGGAGAGACCCAAUGGAACUGCUCUCUUGGCUUGGGUCCCAGCUCCCAUCCUUCUGGAACAGCUUCACAACACUUGGCCUCUUUUUUGCUGUCUUUAUCCUGCUUUUCGAUCACAUGAAGCGCAGAAAGAGAUGGAAAAACUACCCCCCGGGUCCUGUCUCCUUCCCUUUCAUUGGGAACCUGCUACAGUUAAAUUUCCAGUGUCCUCGCCUUGCUUUAACUGAGCUCAGUGAGAAGUUUGGAAAGAUCUUCUCUCUCCAGGUUGGAUGGAAAAAUGUGGUCUUGCUGAAUGGGUUUGAAGCUGUAAAGGCAGCAUUGGUCCAGAGAUCAGAAGACUUUGCUGAUCGACCACCCUUUUCCUUAUUUGACCAUAUGGGCUAUAGAAAAAACUGUGAAGGGAUAAUGAUGGCAAGGUAUGGCCAUGGCUGGAGGGAGCUGAGGAGAUUCGCACUCUCCACCUUGAGGAAUUUUGGGCUGGGGAAGAAAUCCCUGGAUCAGAGUGUAACUAAGGAAGCUGGAUUUCUAUGCUCUGCGUUCAGUUCUAAAGAUGGCCAUCCUUUCAAUCCACGCUUCCUCAUAAACAGUGCCGUCGGCAAUGUGAUGUGCUCAAUCACUUUUGGCAACCGCUUUGAGUACAACAACGAGAAAUUCCAGAGGAUGCUACACCUGAUAGAGGAGGCUUUCAAUAUAGGAGCUGGAAUCCUGUCCCAGAUUCUGGACUUGAUGCCUUGGUUGUUGUAUAUUCCUGGGCCUCAUCAUAACAUCUUCCAACCCUAUAUUGAUAGCUUUGACAUCCUAAGGGAGAUUGUGAAGAAGCAUAAGGAGACCCGGGAUCCAGGCUUUACCAGAGACUUCAUUGAUGCUUUUCUGGAGGAGAUAGAAAAGGCUAAAAUGGACCCAGAGACCACUUUCAAUGAGGACAACCUGAUCUUUACAGUUUUUGACCUGUUUGGUGCUGCCACUGAAACAACCACUGUGACCCUGUGCUGGGCACUGCUGUACAUGCUUCGCUAUCCUGAUGUCCAAAGAAGAGUCCAUGAGGAAAUUGAUAAGGUAAUUGGCAGGGACAGGUCACCCGAGAUAGAGGACCAAGUGAACUUGCCUUACACCAAUGCUGUGAUCUAUGAAACUCAGCGUUAUUGUGAUGUUGUUUUUGCUGGAGUGCCUCGCAGGACCUACCGGGACACCGAAGUUCAAGGCUUUUUCAUCCCUAAGGGCACCACCAUCGUCGCGGUUUUGUCCUCGGUGCUGAGGGAUGAAACGGUUUGGGAGAAACCCCAUGAGUUCUACCCGGAGCACUUCCUGGAUGCAGAUGGGCAGUUUGUGAAGCGAGAGGCCUUCCUGCCUUUCUCAGCAGGUCGUCGCAUGUGUCUAGGGGAGCAGCUGGCCAGGAAGGAGCUCUUUCUCUUCUUCACAACCCUCCUGCAGCAUUUCACUUUCCAUAUCCCUGAGGAUCAGCCCAAGCCACAGGAAGACGGGCAUUAUGUCCUCAUACAUUCCCCAGACUUCUACGAGCUGUGUGCCAUCCCCAGAUAAUGUGUCCCAGGCAUGAGCUGCUAGAUCUGCGUUGAUCUGAGCUAAAGCUUCCACAGAAGAACAAUAUAGGAAGCACUUUUUUUUUAGAUUGAAAUAACUUUAUCUAAGUGUUUUGAAGUUUGUAAAGAAAUUAUGGCAGAGACCCAACAACACGUGAACUUUGGAUUCAAGAUGCCAACCAGAACAAUCGAUGAUUAAAAUAUUUGCUGUAUUACUUAAGAAACAAGCCCAACACAACCAAAGAUAUAGUGAUAACUGGGAAAAUGGAACACACUGGAAACCAUAUUGGAAAAAUCAUGGAACCAACAAUAUGUUGGAAGCCUCAGUUCCGCCCCUUUUCUUUUCAGCUAUAUAGCUUCCCCCCAUCCCUUUUCUCAUACCUUUUUGUGUCUUCUUAGGUUAUGAAUGCUUCAGGGCAGGGAGCUCUCUUCUCACACAUUUGCAAAGCACCUAGCUCAUUUUGGUGCCACAUAAAUAAGAACACAUUAUAAUAGUUUUAGAACUGAUGCUAGCAAUCAAAUGAGAUUUCAGGAUUAGGUGUGGAGCUAAACCUGUCAUGUCACUAUGUGCUGAUCAUUUUAAGAUGCAACAGCAAAUCUUACAGCAUUCCCACUGAAAAUCCCAUAGUCUAUAAAAUGGGAACCACUAAACAGAGCCAUGCUGCCAAUGUAACUCAACAGCCGUUAUUUAUAACAUAUCUGCCGGGGUUGUUGUAGUCCUGGGGCAAAUAUAAUCCCUGUUUGUAAGGUUACUGAUUUCUCAGAAGUUAAACCACAGUUCAAUUUGGGCCUAGGUUUUUUGGGAACCUUUAGUGAGAAUAAAACAGUUUGGUCUUGGGCCGUCCUGCAGAAAUCAUUGGGUCAAAUUCAGCUGAGGUAAGCAGGGACAACGCCUCUGGUUUAAAUGGCAUUGCACCUGCAUAUGCCAUGCCUGACUUUGGCCCUCUGCGUCUGUCCUUUACUUGGAUUGAACAAUGAACAUCCAGCAACAAAAACCAUCAAUGUGAGGUUCACUACUGCAGCUCAGGAACAAAACACCACUAAUCCCAUGUAUUGUUGAAUAAAGCGUGUGGUAGCCUGACCAGGCAUAAACUUACUACUAUGAAACAUGGGAACAUGGCCAAUACUUUGCUCUUUGGAUUGCUGAAUCUGAUACGCAGACAGGUGAAUCAUCUAACUUCUUAUCCUUUAUACAUAUGUUUUUCCUGUCUAAAUCUUAGUCAUUUAAUCCCUGUUUAUUGUAUUAUUCUUUCUACUUGUGUGAUGGUCUAAUUGUAGUUUACUUAAAGCCAAUACUUCCCUUGCACUUUCUUUUUUUUCUGUGACUCAAAACUAUAAACUAUCAAUAUAUUAAAAAACUACACAGCACUCCCUAUUGGCUCUGCAUCAUUCAUAAAACACAGAGAAACCGGAACCAAUAUCCCCUUCCUCCUUCUCAGUUCCUCACUGCAUUCUUGAGGGGGGCUCUUCUGUCCCCUCAAGAAGAGUAGCUAACGUUGGAUACAUGAAUAGCAGCCUACAGCGUUGUCUGCCUAGGAAAGUUUUGUCAGCUAUGCUGGUAUAAUGAUACUGGUAUGUAGAGUUGUGCAAAUAACUGAUUGUUUCAGU